AUGUUCAAGAAGAGAUUGCCAAACUUUUUCCGAGGCAUGUCUCAAUCUUCUUCUGCUCCCGUUGGUGGCUCUUUGACUGGCGCCAACAAAAAACCUGCUGUUCAACAACCAAAAUGGCACCAGCCAGCCAAGUCCGAGGAGAAUACCCCAACAUUGAAGAUUUACAAUUCAUUAACACGAUGCAAAAACGAAUUCAUCCCUUUGAAACCAGGACACAUCACAUGGUAUAGCUGUGGACCAACAGUCUACGACCACUCGCACAUGGGGCAUGCCCGUAACUAUGUCUCGACAGACAUUUGCCGAAGAAUUCUCCAGGACUACUUUGGUUUCAACAUCAAGUUUAUCCAAAAUGUGACUGAUAUCGACGACAAGAUUAUCAUCGCCGCGAGACAGCAGUUUCUAUUUGAAGAGAAAAUCGCCAGCGUCUACAAGGAGGUGUCUUCCGCGUUGUUGGAAAAGUCGAAACUGUAUUUGAACUUUUACAUUGGAAAGAAUAUUCCUGAAUUUAGUGGUGCUGUUGGAGACGAGUUUAUCCCGUGGACUGAAAAUAUCUCCAAUUUCGAGGAAUUGAAAUCGCAAAACCCAAAGUUUCCCAUGCAUCUUGCAGCUGCGAAAAGGGCUUACCAUGCUAUAUAUAAGAGCAGCAGCACAACUGUCGAUCUAGCAAGUUUCUUAUCGGAUAUUAAGGACGUUGCCGUUGUUCAAUUGGACAAGGAGUUUGGCGCCUCGGUUACUGAUCCCCAGAUUUUCAAAAAAUUGCCUUCUUAUUGGGAGAACAAAUACAACGAAGAUAUGGCCAGACUCAACGUCUUGCCACCAACCGUCACCACUAGAGUUUCAGAGUACAUUCCAGAUAUUAUUGACUAUGUUGACAAAAUCAUUGGCAAUGGCUACGCUUACGCCACCGACGAUGGCUCGGUAUACUUUGAUACCGUCAAAUACGAACAUUCUAAACACGAUUAUGCGAAAUUGCAACCGUGGAACAAAGGCGACAUGAGCUUGAUCGACGACGGUGAAGGUUCAUUAAGCUCUCAGGGCACAUCCAAGCGGAGUCCAAGCGACUUUGCCUUAUGGAAAGCCUCAAAGCCCGGUGAGCCAGCGUGGGAUUCAAAAUGGGGGCCCGGUAGACCCGGUUGGCAUAUUGAAUGCUCGGUGAUGGCGUCCGAUGUGGGUGGUUCACAAUUGGAUAUCCACAGUGGUGGGAUCGACUUGUGUUUUCCACACCACGAUAACGAAUUGGCCCAAUCCGAAGCCUAUUUCGAGAACGACCAGUGGAUCAACUAUUUCAUGCACAAUGGCCAUCUACACAUUCAAGGACAGAAGAUGUCGAAAUCGUUGAAGAACUUUAUCACCAUAAAUGACGCCUUGCAAGAUUACAGCUCGAGGCAAUUGAGGUUGGUGUUUGCCUUGAACGCUUGGGAUAAGCCGCUUGACUUCAAGGACUCGUUGGUCAGUGAAGUCAAGUCCAUUGAGUCUUCAUUUAGCAAGUUUUUCACCACUGUGCGAGCUUUAAACAAUGACUAUAAACACAAAGUGGAAAAUGGAGAAUAUGUGAGCAAAAGAGUCACCGAGGAGGAGAAGAAACUACUCAAUGACUUUGAAGAUGCUCAAGCUGGUGUCGAUGCUGCAUUUAACGACAAUUUAUCCAGUGGACAGGCUCUCCGGUCCCUUUUAGACUUGGUUUCCAAAAGCAAUGGAUACAUUCAGUUGACCUCCGGCGGUAGCGUGCCCCUCAAGAUCGAAGUUCUUGUUCUGAUUACAGCAUGGAUACUGAAGAUUUUAGGGGUAUUAGGCUUUGAUACCAGACCGGAUAAUUUGGGAUGGUUGGACGACUCUGAAGCCGGCGAAGUUGGCUCGCACGAGGACGUUGCCUUGCCGUUUGUCAAAGCUUUGGCUCAGUUUAGAGACUCUGUCCGCAACUUGGCAAUCAAGAAAGCCGACUUGAAGGACAUUCUCGGAGCCUCGGAUGCCGUUAGAUCUCAGCUCAUAAACUUGGGAGUGUCCUUGGAUGACAGGCCGGAUGGUCUGUCCUUGGUCAAGUUUCUCAACGAGCUGGAAAAACAACAAUUAUUGGAACAGCAAGAGGCCAAAUUAAAGGCACAAGCAGAGAAGGAAUCUAAAAAGAAACAGCAGGAAGAGCUCAAUGCAAAAAAGGAAGCGGAGAAAUUGGCUAAGAUGAAGAUCAACCCUAGCGAGAUGUUCAAAGAUGCCAGCUUGUAUAAAGAGUAUGACGAGAGCGGCAUCCCAACUGUCGAUGCCAAUGGUGAAGAGAUAAGCAAGAGCAUGAAAAAGAAACUAAUGAAACAAUUCCAACAACAGGAGAAGCUAUACAAGGAGUAUUUAGAAUCAAGUAAAAAGUAG